UUCACUUGCCCAGUCUGAGCAUGCAAGCAGCGACAAGAGCGAGAUGAAGAAGCAUCCACCUGUCAUGCCUGUCCCAAGGGGCACUCAUGAAAAUGAGGGCCAAUGAAUGGGGUGGUGGUGACAGUGGCAAGGAGGAGAAGGAUCCACUCAGAGAUGAGAGGUCCAUGGAGGGCAUCUUGCCCAGGGACUCACCAAAAUGUGGAGACAACACUCCUCAAGGAUGGUCCAUUUGUUUUCAACUGGAUCCCCGCUUCUCCCUAAGUGAUGGGAAACCAUUGUCUUAUCUUAGAUCCUAAAGACCUGCUGAGACUGAAGCUGUUUCUGAACAAAGUGGCUUUUUUAAAAAAACACCACCCAUUGAAUUUCCCCAAAGAUUCCACUCCAAGUCUGUGAGAUAAGCAAAGAUGUCUAAAGGUGAAGCUAUUCAGAGAAAAAAGGCGACCAUGCGAUUCAAGAAGCCUUCCAUCUUGUGCGAAACAAACAAAAUGACUCCAGAACAGACAGCACGCUAUUUGGCUUUUGCUGAUCCAAGUGACCCUAAGGUGAAAGCCAUGUUGGCUGCGGUCCUCAUGAAGGACAGGGUGCUCGUCAAGGAGCAGGAAAAAGAGACAGAACAGAAAAAUCUCGUUGGGGUCCUCAAGGCCGCCGAGGCUCGGAACCGCCUUCGGAACGCAAGGCUCCAGUAUCAGAAUCUGAGGGCACAAGAGAUCAACUUCCUGAUAUCCUUCCAGAGGAAUGCUAAAGGUGCUGUUAGACUGGAGGUCUUCCUUCCGCCCAGGAAGAACCUUAGAAAAUUAGCAGACUGCAUGAACACAGUUCAGAGGGGCCGGAUUGAAGAGAUACUGGCGGAUGAGACUGGUGAGAUAUUUAUCCGAAGGCCCUGAACCCCACGUAGGACAAUGCAGUAUAAGAGCUGCAGGAUAUGGAUGGAUGGAUGGAUGGAUGGAAGCCAACCAGAGCCUAAAGCUCUGGAGGGCUACAACGUAGCAAAGCUGCUGCUGUUCAAUAAACAAUGUGGAUUAUUAUCCAUGGCUGCAAACCCCAUAGUGAGGGACCGAGCAGAUCAGCCUGUUUCUGGUCCAUGACAGUUUUGUAUGUCUUCACCCAAAAGUCUGUUCCAUUCCAUUUCUCCGUUAAUCUGCAAUUUUAAAAAAAAAGCUGUAAAAAGAAAAGAGCACCACAGAACCAUCCCGUCAACACAGAGAUUUAUGCUUUCACAACAGGACUUCCCCCUCAUCCUGCCCUGUGCACCCAUUAAAUCUGUUCUGGGGGUUCUCCCACCCUUCUGGAGCAGAUUUGGGGAGGAGAGGUGCGAGGGGGAGAGAAAGGGCAAGAGUCCCGUUUCACAAGUAUAAAUCCUUGUGCUGAUGGUGCAGUUACAUUGGAUCAAGCAGCUGUAUUUAAAUAUGCAUUUUUAGGCUGCAAGGGGAUUGCACUGUUAAAAUGCUAUUUUCUUUUAAAAAAUGCAUUUUUACAUGUGUUUGGUGUGGGGAUUUUUUAAUCAGUGUCUGAACAUUCAGGAAGUAUGAAAUCUAGUCCCUAACUAACUAACCAAUCUGCGUAGUAGCCAGGGAGGUCUGGAUCAGCAAAGAUGGGAGUUGUUCCAGCAUCCCAACCCACAGUGCAGCUCUCCCUUUCAGAUCAAUGUGUGGCACAAUAGCCAGAGCAUCCCUCACCCAUCUGACCCUAGUGGCUGGGUGAUGGGAGCUCAUCUGGAGGGCACCAGGUUCGCAAAGGCUGGACUAGAAUGUUCCAUCUAGGGAUGGGAGGUGCAGCUUGGAGGAACACCGAACUUGGGAUUAGUCAUCUUUCAGCCUUUAACGAGACAAGUGCUGUUCAGUCCUAAACCUUUUAGCACUGACAACCUGUCUCUUGGAAAUCAUCUUUUAAGCAGCAGAGUGCAAUCUUGUGCAUGGCUGACCGACUUAGCAAAAGAACUAUCCAAGCUUAUCCAAACAUCAAGCUUGCAGACUUGCUGUGCUGUGCUUGUCAGUUCCAAAGACUGAAUUCCUUCCAUUUAAACCCCAUGCAAGAACCAGUCCUAUCCUUGCUUGCGUAGCACCUGCAACCGCCUACUCUCACAUGGUAGCUUGUGUGAAACCUCAUGGUAAGCAGACAAGGGCCCCAAUACCCGUCUGCCAUCAGCCUUGUGUCCAUCCCAGCCUCCUCCUCCUCCAUCUCUCAAGUCAUCUCCUCCCCACCCCACAACCAUAUUGCCCAUUGUGUGUGAUCCAAAACAAAGCAUUUACAGAAAGCAAGAGGGUCAGUGUGCAGCCAGGUGGUCACUGCCCUAAAGCAUAGCGUUCCACCAUCUGCAGGGCUGGGGCUAAAAAGAAAAUUUGGAGUGUACGGAGGCUAAGUCGUAAGCAAGGCUGUGGCACAGAAUAUGCAAGGCUGAGUUAAGCCCAGGUGCCUUAAUUAACAGCUUCCAUAAUUUUGGGGCAUACAUGCAGCUGAACUCUUUGAGUGAAAAACGUUUAAUCUUAGAACUGUGCCCAAUCAAGCCAUCUCAUUCGCCCAAGGACUUCCGCUUUUGCAAUGGAACUUCCUCUCCCCACACACCCUCAGCGCCGCCCCCCACCCCCCCGGAACCUGCAGAACAGAUUUAUUUAUUUGUUAUUUGAUUUAUAUCCUGCCCUUCCUCCCAGCAGGAGCUGGAGGAGUGGGGCAAGGAGAGGGAGUUGUACAAGUGGAAGUCCUUGCAUGAAUGGGACGUCGGAUACAACUCUCAGAACACGCUGCUGCGCACGCCUGGUCUAAUGAUCCAUGCUAAGAAAGCAGAUGAUGGUCAUUACUCCAGGCUCAUGA